GAUGGCCAGAAACUGCUUCAAGAUCACCAGGUCCAGGAUCUGCUUCUUGGAGCGCCUCUCCGGCUCCAGUCAGUGGCUGCCAAGUCCAUGGAGCUGGCUGCAAACCUCCCGGGGCCCAGCGGCCUCGUGGAGUCCGCUGUGUCCCCCUUCCCCUCCAGCGUCACCCGACGCAAAUCAAGCGCAACAAACCAUCCGUCUCCUUUGAGUCUUUCUUUGUACCCGCAUUGCACGAGGGAGAGCCCCGUGGGAAAGGCCGUCUUCCUAAAAUCUGAGGCGACCCAAGAGAAGUGGAAGGAGAUGGAAGAGGAGGACCCGGAAGGCCCCGGAAGUGACCAGAGAGCAAGCAAGGGUCCCCAUCCCACCCAAGAAGGGAGCGGGGUUGGAUCCUGGGAAAGAGCCGUGCCGGAGAUCCUGGCUAAGGACACCGUGACCUCAGAUGCCCAUUGCCAGCGCUUCUGGCAGUUCCGCAACCGUGAGGCCGACGGGCCCCAAGAGGUGUGGGGACCAUCUGUGACGAGGGCAGCGAAGUUCUCUGAGGCAGAAGGAGCUCCGUCAGAGGAAGGCGGUGAAGAAACAGUGCUGAGCCUUCGAUUUUGCAGGGAUGUGGAAAUGGCUGCGGAACCUCCGCUGCAGUGUCCCGUUUCGUUUGAGGAGGUGGCCGUGGAUUUCACUGAGGGGGAGUGGGCCCUGCUGGAUCCAGGCCAGAGAGCUCUCCACAGGGAAGUCAUGCUGGAGAACUACAGGACGGUGGCCUCCCUGGGGACUGAUCAGAGGAACGAGGAAGAUGAGGAACUUCAUCACCUAUUGCCAGACGGAGUCAAGAAUGAAGACUUGAGAGGAAACUUGAGGAAUCAAGACAUAUGUAAGAGACAAAAAGGAAACCACAUGAUCGAGAAUAGGGAUAAAACCAUUCCUUGCCUGGAGGGGGAUUUGCACGAAGUAAUUCACAUGGUGGAGGAAACUUACAAGUGCUUGGAGUGUGGAAUGAACUUCUCAGAUCAAACCCAAUAUAAUAUCCAUUUACGAAGGCACAGUGGAAAGAAUACCCAUCAAUGCCUAGAGUGUGGAAAGAGCUUCAUUUGUAGAGCAGAACAAAUUAGGCAUCUAAGAACACAUACAAGAGAGAACCCUUAUAGCAGUUCACCCUGUGGCAGGAGCUUCUCAGAGAAAUCAGACUUUGUUCAUUCAGGAGAGAAACCAUUUACCCCUUCAGAGGGUGAAAUAAGAUUCUCUCAUGGACACAGGGGUAAUAAACAUUUUCCAAAGCACAACAUAAUGAAGGUCCAUAAAUCACAGCUCCUUGUGCACCGAAGAAUCCAGAGAGUGGAGAAAUGUUCUGAGUAUGUAGAGGGUGGAAAGAGGUCCAGUUGGAGUGGUACUCCUAAAGAACAUCAAAGAAUGCACACAGGGGACAAACCUUAUAAAUGCUCAGAGUGUGGAAAGAGGUUCAGACACAUUGGCACUGUUCAGUAUCAUCAAAGAACACACACAGGGGAGAAACCUUUUGAGUGCUCAGAGUGUGGAAAGAGAUUCAGUCACCUUGGCAAUCUUAAGGUGCACCAAAGAACCCACACAGGGGAGAAACCUUUUGUAUGCUCAGAAUGUGGAAAGAGAUUCACUCAGAGUAGCCAUCUUCAACAGCAUCAGAGAACCCACACAGGAGAGAAACCCUUUGAAUGCUCAGAGUGUGGAAAGAAGUUCAGUGUGAGCAGCACACUUCAGGACCAUCUAAGAACCCACAUGGGCGGGAAACCGUGUGAAUGCUCAGAGUGUGGAAAGAGAUUCAGUAGGAGUCGCCAUCUUCAAUACCAUCAAAGAACCCACACAGGGGAGAAACCUUUUGAGUGCUCAGAGUGUGGAAAGAGAUUUGGUCACUUUAGCAAUUUUCAGGUGCACCAAAGAACCCACACAGGGGAGAAACCUUUUGAAUGCUCAGAAUGUGGAAAGAGAUUCAGUCAGAGUAGCCAUCUUCAGCAGCAUCAGAGAACCCACACAGGGGAGAAACCUUUUGAAUGCUCAGAGUGUGGAAGAAAGUUCAGUCAGAGCGGCACUCUUCAUCAGCAUCUAAGAACCCACAUGGGGGGGAAACUAUGUGAAUGCUCAGUGUGUGGAAAGAGAUUCAGUACGAGUGGCUUUCUUCGAUAUCAUCAAAGAACACACACAGAGAAGAAACCUUUUGAAUGCUCAGAGUGUGGAAAGAAAUUUAGACUGAGUGGCCAGCUUCAUCGGCACCAGAGCUCCCACACAGGGGAGAAACCUUUUGAAUGCUCAAAGUGUGGAAAGAGAUUCAGUCGGAAUGGCCUUCUUAAACGGCAUCAAAGGACACACACAGGGGAGAAACCUUUUGAAUGCACGCAGUGUGGAAAGAAAUUCAGUCAGAGUGGCCUUCUUAAACGGCAUCAAAAAACACACACAGGGGAGAAACCUUUUGAAUGCACACAGUGUGGGAAGAACUUCAGUCAGAGUAGCCAUCUUCAACAGCAUCAGAGAACCCACACAGGAGAGAAACCCUUUGAAUGCUCAGAGUGUGGAAAGAAAUUCAGUAGGAGUAGCCAUCUUCAAUAUCAUCAAAGAACACACACAGGGGAGAAACCUUUUGAAUGCUCAGAGUGUGGAAAGAAAUUUAGACUGAGUAGCCAGCUUCAGCAGCACCAGAGCUCCCACACAGGGGAGAAAUCUUUUGAAUGUUCACAGUGUGGAAAGAGAUUCAGUCAGAGUGGCACUCUUCAACAGCAUCAGAGAACCCACACAGGGGAGAAACCUUUUGAAUGUUCAGAGUGUGGAAAGGGAUUCAGUCAGAGAAGCCAUCUUCAACAGCAUCAGAAAACCCACACAGGGGAGAAACCUUUUGAAUGCUCAGAGUGUGGAAAGAGAUUCACUCAGAGAAGCCAUCUUCAGCAUCAUCAAAAAACCCACACAGGGGAGAAACCUUUUGAAUGCUCAGAGUGUGGAAGGAGAUUCACUCAGAGUGGCAGUCUUCAGUGUCAUCAAAAAACCCACACAGGGGAGAAACCUUUUGAAUGCUCAGAGUGUGGAAAGAAAUUCAGUCGGAGUGGCAGUCUUCAGUGUCAUCAAAGAACCCACACUGGGGAGAAACCUUUUGAAUGCUCAGAGUGUGGAAAGAGAUUCAGUAGGAGUAGCCAUCUUCAAUAUCAUCAAAGAACACACACAGGGGAGAAACCUUUUGAAUGCUCAGAGUGUGGAAAGAAAUUUAGACUGAGUAGCCAGCUUCAGCAGCACCAGAGCUCCCACACAGGGGAGAAAUCUUUUGAAUGUUCACAGUGUGGAAAGAGAUUCAGUCAGAGUGGCACUCUUCAACAGCAUCAGAGAACCCACACAGGGGAGAAACCUUUUGAAUGUUCAGAGUGUGGAAAGGGAUUCAGUCAGAGAAGCCAUCUUCAACAGCAUCAGAAAACCCACACAGGGGAGAAACCUUUUGAAUGCUCAGACUGUGGAAAGAGAUUCACUCAGAGAAGCCAUCUUCAGCAUCAUCAAAAAACCCACACAGGGGAGAAACCUUUUGAAUGCUCAGAGUGUGGAAAGAAAUUCAGUCGGAGUGGCAGUCUUCAGUGUCAUCAAAGAACCCACACUGGGGAGAAACCUUUUGAAUGCUCAGAGUGUGGAAAGAAAUUCAGUCGGAGUGGCAGUCUUCAGUGUCAUCAAAGAACCCACACUGGGGAGAAACCUUUUGAAUGCUCAGAGUGUGGAAAGAGAUUCAGUCACAGUGGCAGUCUUCAGUGUCAUCAAAGAACUCACACAGGGGAGAAACCUUUUGUAUGUUUAGAGUGUGGAAAGAGAUUCAGUCGGAGUGGCUAUCUUCAAGAGCAUCAUAGAACACACACAGGAGAGAAACCUUUUGAAUGCUCAGAGUGCGAAAAGAGCUUCAGUUGGAAGAGUACUCUUCAAAAACAUCUAAGAUCCCACGUAGCCUGUGAAAAGCACUGA